ACAGGAUAUCGUCCCUCCCCUAACAAAGCUUUUGUUCGGUGCUUCACAGCAGAUGAUACAUUAGAUGUAAGAACGGGAGUCGGAUGAGACCGUGUUGUGAUCGGAUAUAGAAGAUCGAUUUGUUUUCUGACAGACGCAAGAGUGUGUGUAGGAAUAAUGAUGAUGCACGAACGACGAUUUCCAUCAAGUAACCACCGUUGGUCUGUAUUUUAUUUGACUCUACUACUGAUUUUCGGGAAGCAGGCUAUGGGUGAAUUGAGGUACUCUAUCCCCGAGGAGGUAAAAGAUGGAACUGUUGUUGGAAAUGUUGCCAAGGACCUUGGACUGGACAAAACUUCUUUGAUUAAUCGACAGUUCCGUGUUGUGUCUGGAUCUAAGGACGCCUUUUUCGAGGUAAAUUCGGAUAAUGGUGACUUACAAGUCCGUAAAAAAAUCGACAGAGAGGAGCUAUGUCACGGUAGUGCAAUAUGUCUGAUGGAGCUGAAAAUCCUCGUUGAAAAUCCUUUAGAAAUGCACCAUAUUGUUGUAGAAAUUAUCGAUGUAAAUGAUCAUUCCCCCAGUUUUUCUGAAAAGGAGCAGACAUUUGAAAUAGCAGAACAAUCUUCACCUGGAACGCGAUACCAGCUGCACGCAGCCCGUGAUCCGGAUGCUGGGAUGUACUCAAUACACACGUAUACACUAUCGUCAAAUGAUCACUUUGAUAUAGAGAUCAGUCAAAGCGAUGAGGAAAAAAUACCAUUUUUGGUACUGAAAAAGCCGUUAGACAGAGAACAAAAUAAUGAACACUUGCUAUUUGUAACAGCCGUUGAUGGAGGCAAACCUCCAAGAUCAGGGACAUUAAAUGUUUCUAUUAUUGUUCUGGACAGUAAUGAUAAUCGCCCAACAUUCAGUAAGGAGGUUUACCAAGUUGAAAUGCAAGAAAAUGCUUCGGUUGGAACGACUGUUACAAGAGUGAAUGCUAUAGAUCCAGACGAGGGGACUAAUGGACAAAUAGAGUACAGCUUGAGCAGAACAUUAUCACGUAAAGUUUACGAAAUAUUUGAAUUGGAUAGUUUAAGUGGACAAAUUACGUUGAAAGCAGAGCUUGAUUUUGAAAAUUCUGAAACAUAUAAAUUGGACAUUCAAGCAUCUGAUAAAGGGCAACCUCCAUUAACUGGCAGGUGUAGAGUUGUUAUAAAAAUUAAGGAUGUUAAUGAUAAUGCCCCAGAAAUAGAAAUCACAUCUUUAUCAAAGACAGUGUCUGAAGAUUCAAAACCUGGUACAGUUAUUUCACUGCUUAGUGCAACUGAUAAAGACUCAGGUGUUAAUGGAAAAAUUAUUUUACAUGUAAAAGAUGACAUUCCUUUUGAAUUAAAGCCUUCCUAUAAAGAGAACAUAUAUUCUGUGGUAACUAAAAACUUUUUAGAUCGUGAGGAGGUGUCACAUUAUGAGAUAACAAUAAAAGCAACAGAUUGUGGUGACCCUCCACUAUCUAGUUUUAAAACUCUAAACAUCCAGGUAUCAGACGUAAAUGACAACAGUCCACAAUUCUCCCAAAACCCAAUACACUUUUACCUGUCAGAAAAUAAUGUUCCCGGAUUGUCAAUGUUUUCUGUAGGUGCAAUGGACAAAGAUGUAAAUGAAAAUGCAGUAAUUUCAUAUCAUAUUGUGAGAAAGAAUGAUGUAACAUCUUUCUUAAACGUGAAUUCUGACAAUGGACAAAUCACAGCUCUGAAAAGUUUUGACUUUGAGACUCUGAAAACUUUCCAGUUCCAAGUUGUAGCCACAGAUUCUGGUACUCCGUCACUGAGCAGCAACGUCACAGUGAACGUGUUCAUUCUGGAUCAGAAUGACAACGCUCCAGUCAUCCUGUAUCCACUCAGCUCCAAUGGCUCUGCUGAAGGUGUGGAGGAGAUUCCCCGCAACGUGAACGCAGGACACUUGGUGACUAAAGUCAGAGCCUAUGACGCUGAUAUAGGAUAUAACGGCUGGUUGUUGUUCUCACUGCAGGAAGUUACUGACCACAGUCUCUUUGGUUUGGAUCGCUACACAGGACAGAUCAGGACACUUCGUUCGUUGACAGAGACAGACGAGGCUGAGCAUAAACUGAUCAUACUGGUCAAAGACAAUGGGAACGUUUCACUCUCAGCAACAGCUACUGUCAUUGUCAAACUUGUGGAGCCCAAAGAGGCUUUUUCAGCUUCUGAUGUUAAAAGUGCAGCGAAAGUAGACGAAGAGGACAAUGUUACAUUUUACCUGAUGAUAACUUUGGGCUCAGUUUCAGUUCUUUUUCUCAUCAGUAUCAUCGUGUUGAUUGCAAUGCAGUGCUCCAAAUCCACAGACUAUACUUCUAAAUAUCUGCAAGAGCCGAAUUAUGAUGGGACACUGUGUCACAGCAUCCAGUACAGAUCUGGAGACAAACGGUACAUGUUAGUUGGACCCAGAAUGAGUAUAGGAUCUACUAUAGUCCCUGGCAGCCACGCAAAUACCCUAGUACUACCUGACAGGAGGAGGACAUCUGAAGAGGUGAGAUUUUGA